AUGGCUUCUCUUGGUGGUAACAUUUUACCCCUCGACCUCGACCUCAAAACGACCUUUGCUGGACUAAGCGCUGUGGCACUAAGCGGUCUGCUCUUUUCCAAGCUCCUUUCCAAAGAUGAUGCCGAUAGCAAUGGAAGCGAGGCUCCCGGCCUGUUAAAGUCCUUCCUGCUCUUCUUCUACUCCUGCUUCAUCAAGCCACACAGUGGCGACAAGAAGGGCAACCAGCAAGAUGCCCUUGAAAGCUUCUACAAGAAGCAAGCCGGCGCCUAUGAUGCAACCAGGAAAGUCCUCCUGCAAGGCAGGGAAGACAUGCUUGCGCUUGUCGUAGCACAGCUGAAGGCUAAAGGCCCUAAGAAGGGCGACAAGGCCAAGCGGAUCUGGGUUGAUGUCGGUGGAGGAACGGGAUGGAACAUUGAGGCCAUGUCCAGCUUCGUCAAUGUCCCCGAGUUCUUCUCCAGCGUAUACCUUGUCGAUUUCUCCCCGUCGCUCUGUGAUAUUGCCCGACAGCGCUUUCAACGCCUUGGCUGGAAUAAUGUCAAGGUCGUUUGCGAGGACGCGAGAAAGUUCCGUCUCGAGGAUUAUGAAAAUGAUCUUCCGAGCAACCGUCUCCCUCCGCGCUCCCCAGUUCUGAGCUACUUCUCCCAGAAGCGUGCCGAGCACGGUGGUGCGGACCUCAUCACAAUGUCGUACAGCUUGUCCAUGAUUCCUGACUACUACUCUGUCGUUGAGUCACUCACUUCACUCUUGUCUCCGGACGGCGUGUUGGGAGUGGUCGACUUCUACGUUCAAUCCAAGACCGACUUCUCGUUCCGCAACUUCACAGCUGGGCUCGUCGGCCGCCAUGUAAACUGGUUCCUGAGAACCUUCUGGCGCGCAUGGUUCGACCUGGACCGCGUUGGUCUCGAAGCCGGUCGGCGGGACUACCUCGAGUACAAGUUCGGUUCAGUUCUCAAUAUUAACGCCCGCAACUACACCCUCGGUCGUAUUCCGUACUAUAUCUGGGUUGGAUGCCACAAGAAGCCCUUCUCUUCCACAAGUCUGCCCCACGAAAUCAUUGAGAAGAUUGAUGCGCUCGCCACAGAAUCUCCUUACUUGUAUCCCGCUAACCAGGGCGAUGCCCUCACCCGUGCAAUCGAGAGAUCGGCACCCGAGAUCCGCUCCAAGGCCUUUAUGGCAGCGAUUCAGAAUCUGUCUGCGAAUCUGCCACUUCCCUCGUUCUUCUACCAGAACCACCACUGGCGCAUCUACUAUGACGACCAGCUCCAGAAACACACCCAGUUCAACGAUGAGUACAUCUACGCCUUCACAUGGGAAGACUCGCGGGUGGACGAGCGUCUCCUCAACCUCGGCUCAGACGACGUGGUGCUGGCCAUCACCAGCGCUGGUGAUAACAUUCUUUCAUAUGCCAUGCAGAGUCCGGCCAGAAUCCAUGCAGUCGAUUUGAACCCCACGCAGAAUCACCUCCUUGAGCUUAAGGUCGCAUCUUACACCGCCCUCCCCUACGAAGACUUCUGGAAGCUGUUUGGAGAGGGCAAGCACCCCGAGUUCCGCUCGCUGCUCCUCACAAAGCUCUCGCCCCAUCUGUCCAGCCGCGCAUUCCAGUACUGGCUGAAUAACGUCCACGUCUUCGCCAACACCAAGGGCUAUGGCCUAUAUGAUACGGGCGGCUCCCGUCAUGCGAUCCGUGUCUUCCGCUGGAUUUCGCGCGUCUUUGGCUGCCGCGCCGCCGUCAAGGAGUUUCUUUCCACCAAGACCCUCAACGAACAACGCGAGGUCUGGCGCAACAAGAUUCGUCCAGCGCUGCUCUCGAAGCUCGUUUGCAACCUCGUCGUCAGCCAGGAGAGCUUCCUCUGGGCUGCUCUCGGCGUCCCCAAGAACCAGCUCGCCAUGAUCGAAAAUGAUCACGCCGAGAGCGAGGCCGUAAAAGGUCCGGCCCCGACGGCGCGUAAGGUUCGCUCCCACGCUAUCUGGCGGUACAUGGUGGACACGCUCGACCCUGUCGCCGAGCAGACUCACAUCGCCGCCAACAAUCCGUACUACCACGUCUGCAUGACUGGCGACUUCACCAGGCGCUGUCAUCCUGACUACCUCUCCGAAAAGGCCCAUGCCAAGCUCUCGCGCCCCAGCGCCUUUGAUGGCCUCCGUAUCCAUACAGACGAGAUUGACGAAGUCAUCAACCGCAUUACGCCCGGCACGCUGACCGUCGCCGUCAUCAUGGACAGCAUGGACUGGUUCGAUCCCGGCUCACCGGCUGCCGCUGCCCAGAUUACGAAGCUCAACCGCGCUCUCAAAAAGGGUGGCAGGGUGCUUCUUCGCUCGUCGGCGCUGAGUCCGUGGUACAUCAAGGUUUUCGAGGCGCAUGGCUUCUCCCCCAAGAGAGUCGGCGCUCGUACUGACGGAGCCCUGAUUGACCGCGUGAAUAUGUAUGCCUCUUGCUGGAUUUCGACGAAGGUUGAGAACCUCCCACCGCCAACCCCUGAGAUGGACCGUAUAGGUGGUCCUGAGAUCACCAGCUUCUCACUGACAGCCUGA